AGGCCCGGCCUCUUCCGCGGCCCAGGAGGUCCGACCCUAGGACCGGCCGCCGCGCUCCUGCCAAGGACGUGAGCGGUCCUGGAGCCUGCUGCACGGUAGCCUCCUUUGUCAGUUACAACGUGGGGGAAAAAACCAACCGGGUUCCUUUGCUGUGGGAAAUAGUAAACCUGAAGAACACACCUGCUUGCAGGGACAGAGGAUGUGAUGGAGCUGCUUGAAGAAGAUCUUACGUGCCCAAUCUGUUGCAGUCUGUUUGAUGAUCCUCGCGUUUUGCCUUGCUCGCACAACUUUUGCAAAAAAUGCUUAGAAGGGAUCUUAGAAGGGACAGGGCGGAACUCAUUGUGGAGGUCAUCUCCAUUCAAGUGCCCCACAUGCCGUAAGGAAACGUCAGCCUCUGGAGUCAAUAGCCUGCAGGUUAAUUACUCCCUGAAGGGUAUUGUGGAGAAGUAUAACAAAAUCAAGAUCUCUCCCAAAAUGCCAGUGUGCAAAGGACACUUGGGGCAGCCUCUCAACAUUUUCUGCCUGACUGAUAUGCAGCUGAUUUGUGGAAUCUGUGCUACACGUGGUGACCACACCAAACAUGUCUUCUGUUCUAUUGAAGACGCCUAUGCUCAGGAAAGGGAUGCCUUUGAGUCCCUCUUUCAAAGCUUUCAGACCUGGCGUCGUGGAGAUGCUCUUUCUCGCUUGGAUACCUUGGAAACUAACAAAAGGAAAUCUCUACAGCUACUGACUAAAGAUUCAGAUAAAGUGAAGGAGUUUUUUGAGAAGUUACAGCACACAUUAGAUCAAAAGAAGAAUGAAAUCCUGUCUGACUUUGAGACCAUGAAACUUGCGGUUAUGCAAGCCUAUGACCCAGAGAUUAACAAACUCAACACUAUCUUGCAGGAACAACGAAUGGCCUUUAACAUUGCUGAGGCCUUCAAAGACGUGUCAGAACCAAUCAUAUUUCUGCAACAGAUGCAGGAGUUCAGGGAAAAAAUAAAAGUAAUCAAGGAAACUCCUUUACCUCCCUCUAAUUUGCCCACAAGCCCUUUAGUGAAGAACUUUGAUACCAGUCAGUGGGAAGACAUAAAACUAGUAGAUGUGGAUAAACUGUCUUUGCCUCAGGACACUGGCACAUUGAUUAGCAAGAUUCCCUGGAACUUUUAUAAGUUUUCUAUGGUAGUCAUUCUGCUUGGCCUUCUUAUUUUCGUCGAUCCUACUACAUUCCUAGAAUGGUCUUUAUUUGAUGAGUUCUCAAUCUGGAAAGACCACCUUUCACACUUAAGUUCCUAUCUGACUAAAUCACCUGAUUUUGUAAAACAAUCAGUUUUUUACUGGGAACAGGUGACAGAUGGGUUUUUCAUUUUCAGUGAAAGAUUCAAGAAUUUUACUUUGGUGGUGCUGAAUAAUGUGGCAGAAUUUAUGUGCAAAUACAAACUAUUAUAAAACCCAUUUUAACUGCAUAGUUCUCUGUUUUUUGUUAGACAUUUGUUAGAGAACAGAGUGGUAGUUCAGAUUUGGUGAAAGAUUACAGUCAGAUAUUUUCCUCCAGAAGUAUUCCUUUCAAAAAUUUUUUACAUAUGUUGUUCAAAUUAGGUAGCAUAAAGAUAAAAGUGAAAUUUAAUCGUACAGCCUUGAACCCUCCUUCCUUUUUAAAGAGUACUUUUGAAGUAAGCAUCUUACUCCCCAGUAUUGAUUGCGUUUGUGCUAUGUGAAAAGGGGAGGUGAGAGAGCACAUGAUCUAAUGUUGUAUUGAUGAGGUAAUGUAAUAGUGAUUGUUCACUUAAGCAUGCAAUAAACACUACUCUUGUAAAGCAA